GCAACAGCGGCAGCAGCAGCACCAUCAGCAGCAGCAGCAUCAGCAGCAGCAACAACAGCAGCAACAGCGGCAGCAGCAGCAGCAGCGGCAGCAGCAGCAGCAGCGGCAGCAGCAGCAGCAGCAGCAGCAGCAACAACAGCAGCAACAGCGGCAGCAGCAGCAGCAGCGGCAGCAGCAGCAGCAGCAGCGGCAGCAGCAGCAGCAGCGGCAGCAGCAGCACGGCAGCAGCAGCAGCGGCAGCAGCAGCAUCAGCAGCAGCAGCAUCAGCAGCAGCAGCAUCAGCAGCAGCGACAACAGCAGCAGCAGCGACAACAGCAGCAUAAUCAGCGGCAGCAGCAGCAGCAGCAGCAUCAACAGCAGCAGCAGCAUCAGCAGCAGCACAGCAGUCGCAGCAGCAGCAGUAGCAGCAGCAGUAGCAGCAUCAUCAGCGGCAGCAGCAGCAGCAUCAGCAGCAGUAGUAGCAGCAGCAGCAGAAGCGGCAACAGCAGCAGCAGCAGCGGCAACAGCAGCAUCAGCGGCAACAGCAGCAGCAGCGGCAACAGCAGCAGCAUCAGCAGCAGCGGCAAC